ACCUCGAACCUAUCAGAGAUACUACAUGUCCCGCUCUCUACCCCAUGAUGUUGGCUACAACGUUUAAUGGAAUAAACUCGGCACUGAAAUGAAUACAGACGUUCGAAUUCAGAAUAAUGUGACCUAAAUGCCGUUCAAGUGUUAGUAUUAUCCGAACUAUUAUUUUUCUCACUAUGUAUACUCCUAGUCGUGUGUUGUACAGCCGGUUGCUAAUGAUGUCCUUAGCUAAGUAUUGAGCUACCGACUGACCUACUUUCCCUGUUCGCAGCGACUCAGUCCUGUUUACAAGGGACUGCCAACGGAGGUUGAGUGGUAGAGGAAAACAGAUAGAGCAUAGACCUGAAAACGAUUACUCCCGAAAUCUUGUACAGUGUGUGUACCGAAUAGGGAUUGUUACAUGAAUCGGAUUUCGAAUAAUACUUAGGCAGCGUAUGUGUGCAAUAAUUGAUGGUCUUUUCGCGAUGCGUUUGUGGUGAGUCAAGCUUAGGAUAGUCUACUUGGCUCAGUGAAUUGCACAGUAGGCUAUGUGGGAAAAUGAGUACCGACAAAAGUAAAGUAUGGAUCUUUAUGUCAACUAAAGUCUUGUUUUCAAGGUUUUUGUAUUUCUGUGGCGGACUCCAGGAGGAGGAGGUGGGCAGCAGCAGCAGGUGAUCACUAGAUUUUUCCUGGGAGUUUCAGUGCAGCUAGCGCGAAUGGGAUACAUCAGACUUCAGAUAGGGCCUGGCUGGGAGAGGGACACCAGCAGCUGUGUGGACGAUUUGAUGGAUGAAGAUGAGAAAGACAGGGCAAAAAGGGCAUCUCGUAACAAAUCGGAAAAGAAAAGAAGAGACCAAUUCAAUGUGCUCAUCAAGGAGCUGUGCACCAUGCUGCAGGGCCAAGGUCAUCCGCGCAAGAUGGACAAGUCCACCAUACUGCAGAGAACGAUCAACUUCCUGCACACACAGAAAGAAAUCACAGCACAGACCGAGUCGUGUGAGAUCCGGCAGGACUGGAAGCCUUCGUUCCUCAGUAAUGAGGAGUUCACCCAGUUGAUGCUGGAGGCUUUAGACGGUUUCCUCAUAGCACUAACUACAGAUGGAAACAUUAUAUAUGUGUCCGACAGCGUGUCUUCACUCAUUGCCCAUUUACCGUCAGAUAUGGUGGACCAAAAUAUCUUGAACUUUCUCCCUGAGCGUGAGCAUGGGGAGGUCUAUAAGCUGCUAUCAUCCCACAUGCUGAUGACUGACCCCAUCUCUGCUGACUUCCUAGACAGUAAGACACACAUUGAGUUCUGCUGUCAUUUAGCCAGAGGAAACAUCGACCCAAAGGAACCCCCUACAUAUGAGUACGUGAAAUUUGUAGGAGAUUUCAAGUUUCAUAACAAUGUGCCUACUUCCUCUUGUAACGGGUUUGAGUUGACAUUACCAAGAACCCUGCAGUCAUCACUGGAAGAGCAGGUCUGCCUUGUUGCCACUGUACGAUUAGUCACUCCGCAGUUUUUAAAGGAUUUGUGUAAUGUGGAAGAUCCCUGUGAUGAAUUCACAUCCAGACACAGCCUUGAAUGGAAGUUCCUGUUCUUAGAUCACAGAGCUUCACCAAUCAUCGGCUACUUGCCCUUUGAGGUUCUUGGGACUUCUGGCUAUGAUUACUAUCAUGUGGAUGACUUGGAGCUUAUAGCGCGGUGUCAUAAGCAAUUAAUGCAGUUUGGGAAGGGUAAAUCCUGCUACUAUCGGUUUCUGACCAAGGGUCAGCAGUGGAUCUGGCUCCAGACACACUACUACAUUACAUACCACCAGUGGAACUCCAAGCCAGAGUUCAUAGUGUGCACUCACACAGUCGUCAGUUACGCGGAGGUGAGAGCGGAGAGGAGGAGAGAGUUUGGCUUGGAGGAGACGUCACCUGAGAUGGCCACUUCGUCCUCCAUAAAGGCUCAGGAGGUGUACCUGGACAUCUGUCCCAAUCUGGACCCUCCCGGACAGGACAGGAUGAGCGGGGCAUGCUCAGUGUCCUCCCACAGCUCCCGGAAAUCCUCCCACACAGCCCUGUCCGACUCGGCAUCCAACACGUCCUUGCGGUUCACAGACGCUUGCACACCAUCACGACAGUCUGCAUCAGUCGCGGGGACAGAGAAGAAUUUGGCCAGACUUGUGCCCAGUAGUUCAAAGACUUUGGUACAGAGGCAAAACUCUUUUGACCUCCUUCCCCAACUGAGCCUACCCCCUUCUCCUACCUGCAGCCAGCACUCCGUAAUGCAACAACAACAACAGCAGCAGCAGCAGUCUAUGUACCAACAGCAGCCCCAAGAGCCUCAGCUAGGUGUGAUGAACCAGCUCAAGGAGCAGUUGGAGGAGAGGACACGCAUCCUGCAGAUGGACAUCAAGACUCAGCAGCAGGAGCUGCAUGACAUCAAGGAGAAGCUUCAGCUUGCUAACCUCCAGAUGUUGUUACAGCAACCCAUCCACGGUGACUUUGGCCAGGUCCAACAGCAGCAGCCUCAGCAGCAGGGUCCAGGGAGGCCGGUCCAGCAGCAUCAGCCCCAGUCUAGGGUGAUCAGGCAGGCCUUGGCCCACUCCAAACAGCCUCUCCAUGGAGCCCACGACUCAUCCCCUCACUCUCUCCUCAGAGAGCACAGCACACCCUCCCCUCAGGUGCAACAGAGAUUGAUAAGGAAUGCAGGCGGGCAGAUGCAGGCAGUCAGUCUCCCGGUGCACACCCACACCAGCCUGACCAUGCCCUUUUACAGCAACCCCAUGAUGUUCUCUCAGCAGAUGAACACACAGCCACUGCAGGACGCAAACCAAAGACACUCAGACACCGAGUUCAGUCAAGAGGGACAGUUACGCAUGCUGCUCAACCAGCCAAUGCAUACCCUCUUACCUGAUAGCAGUAUGAGCUCCCAGACUUCCCAGUGCAACACAGCCAUCCAGCACACCAAAUACACCCUGGAGCAGCAGAUGAUGACCCCGUCAUUCCCCAUGCAGCAGGUGAACUGCAACGCUGUCCUGGUCCCCUCCCCUGUAUUCACGUCCCCCAUCAUGAUCCCUCACAACAGCUUUAUCACGCACCAGGCCCAGCCCACCUACCACCCUCAGCAGCAGGCCAACCAUCACUCUCUACAGCUGCAGCAGCCCCAGCAGUUCUUUCAGAUGCAGCCCCAAGGACUCUUACACAGUGGACCCACUCAGGCGUUCUUCCACGCCACUAAUAUCCCACAGCAAGGUACUGUGGGUUAUAUUCAACAACAACCGCAGCAGCAGCAACCACAACAACAGCAGCAACAACACCACCAUUCCCAAAACCAGACUGGCAACCUUUCAGACUUCCGAAAUAUGCUCACUCGGUAGCACCGAAGACUCAAACAGAGUUGUUAGUUAUCCCCUGAAAUGUAUUGUCAAAUGUUCAGUGGCAGAAUUAUAUGGGAUGCAUAGAAGAGACAGAGGCUAUUUGGCGCCAUGCUGUGCAGUGUUAUUCACUGUUUAAGAAGCCAAAGUGGCUUUGUUUUCACAGCAAAACAAAAAUGAAAAUAUGCCUGUGGUGACCUUACUUCUGAUAAGGAGCCACCCUUUUCAGACAAAGCCGUUUUUGUACCCCAUGCUGGGGUGAACCACAGUCAGGGGCUGCUUGGACCGGUGGCGGCCCCCAAUGUGACAGCUCUCCCAGAAAUGAAAAAGGAGUCAGUGUGCUGAAGGCUUGUGCUUCACUGCACCACCAGCCUCUCUGUCCCACUCCACAAAGCUACUGGGACCAUGCUUACACGUCAUAUUUCAUCAUGACACUGCUGGAUGAAGAAAACUAUGAAAGUAAUCAUAAGGAAAACAGUUAUGCUAUGUGUUUUUAUGCAGAUAUGUUUUCAACAAAAAAAUAGGUUAUUGUUAGGUGACUCUAGUUGUGCACUGACUGCACUUGUUCAUAGCAUCUGUCCUGAUGUUCAGAGAGUAAACACAAGCAGUGAACAUUUACUUCUUCAAAGUUGCAUCUUCAUUUCACAUGAAAAACACUUUGUGUCUGUGAGUUAUGGUUUUGUUGUGCAGUUGUUGCAUACUUUUUUGUUAUGAAACAGCAGUUUUACAAACCUAUAAAACAACAAUAUUUUCCCCAGAAGGAAAUGUAAAGGAAGGGUUCAUUUUGAUGUUGGACAUCAGUUGUUAUUUCAUCACACAUUCAAAUCAGUCAUCCUAGAUACAGUGCAUUCGGACCACUUCCCUUUUUCCACAUUUUGUUACGUUACAGCUUUAUUCUAAAAUGAAUUAAAUCUAUUUUUUCCUCAUCAAUCUACACAAAAUACCCCAUGAUGACAUAGC